AUGGAGAGCUCCUACUUGGAUACAAAUGGGAGUGAUUCUAGUUGUGACGAGACCAUCUCCUAUAGGUCCUCUGUCGAUGGUCCUGAUGGUGAGUGGACUCUGCAGAGGGGUUGUGGACAGGCUAAGUUGGCUAAGAACUACGGCAAGAAGCACAUGGACCCAUACUGUAGAAUUCGGCUUGGCUACUCCUUAUAUGACACACCGACAGCACAUAAAGUGGCCAAAAACCCAUACUGGAACAAAGUGAUUAAGUGUCCUUUGCCUCCUACAGUCAACUCCUUUGACCUGGAAAUCUUUGAUGAGCAGGUACAGAUGGACUCUCAUGCAGCGCAGCAGUGGAAGUACGGAGGCAGCACCCACUCCAGGGGCCAGAUCAGCAUCACAGUAGUGCAGGCAAAGUUGGCUAAGAACUACGGCAAGAAGCGCAUGGACCCAUACUGUAGAAUUCGGCUUGGCUACACCGUAUACGACACACCUACAGCACAUAAAGGAGCCAAAAACCCACACUGGAAUGAAGGAUUUCAGUUCCCUUUGUCUUCUGCAGUUGACUCCUUCUACCUGGAAAUCUUUAAUGAGAGGGCAUUUUAUAUGGAUGAGCGCAUCGCCUGCACUCAUGUGACUAUCCCGAGGAGUUUGAGUGAAGGCACUGUAGUUGACGAGUGGUACAGCCUGAGUGGAAGACAAGGAGAUGAUAAAGAAGGCAUGAUUAACCUGGUCAUGUCCUACUCUCAGGUACAGAUGGACUCUCAUACAGCGCAGCAGCAGAAAUUUGGAGGCAGCCUGAACUCCAGGGGCCAGAUCAGAAUCACUGUAGUGCAGGCAAAGUUGGCUAAGAACUAUGGCAUGAUGCGCAUGGACCCAUACUGUAGAAUCUGGCUCGGCUACACCAUGUAUGAAACAUGUACAGCAUAUAAUGGAGCUGAAAACCCAUACUGGCACAAAGUGAUUCAGUGCCCUUUGCCACCCACAGUCAACUGCUUCUACCUGGAAAUCUUUGAUGAGAGGGCAUUUUCCAGGGAUGAUCGCAUUGCCUGGAUUCAUGUGACUAUUCCGGAGAGUUUGAAGAAAGACAGAGUCAUUGAUGAGUGGUACAGCCUGAGUGGAAGACAAGGAGAUGAUAAGGAAGGCAUGAUUAACCUUGUCAUGUCCUACUCUAGCUGCUCUGGGUGACACGGGGGGACUGAUCUCGAG